AUGUAUACCAACAACUAUUGCUCGAGCACGGAAAGCGGAGCAACCAAGAGUUGUCGGGCACAGACCGCACAGGAAAAAGGAGACGGGGAGACUUCUGGUGCCUCCGGCCGUGGUGGUGGCGGUGGUGGUGGUGGUAGUGGUGGUGGUUCUGGUGUUGGUAGCACCUCUCAGCAGCAACAGCAAGGCAGGCAGUUCUUCGGUGGCUUCGGUAGCAUCUACGGAUUCGUCAACUACGCGCUCGAGCUACUAGUUUUAAAAAACUUCGGCCUAACGAUAUGGGAACAAAUAAAGAAAAAAGCACAGGUAAACAUGGAGGGGCAGUUCCUGGUAAGACAGAUCUACGAAGACGACAUCACGUACAACCUGAUAGAGGCUGCCGUAGACAUUCUGAACAUUCCCGCCGGCGACAUCCUCGAGCUGUUCGGCAAGACGUUCUUCGAGUUCUGCCAGGACUCGGGCUACGACAAGAUCCUGCAGGUGCUCGGUGCGACGCCGCGUGACUUCCUCCAGAACCUGGAUGCGCUGCACGACCACCUGGGCACGCUGUACCCGGGUAUGCGGGCACCGUCGUUCCGCUGCACGGAGACGAACGGCCAGCUCGUGCUGCACUACUACUCGGAGCGACCGGGUCUGGAGCACAUCGUGAUCGGGAUCGUGAAGGCAGUCGCGUCGAAGCUGCACGGCGUCGACGUGGAGAUCAAGAUUAUCCGCCGCAAGGGCGACCCAAUCGAGCCGGCAGCUCCAGCCGGUGCCCCGCAGGUGGCGGAGGCCAAGGUCGCUCAGAGCCAGCAACCCUCCGCCAGGCUGCCGUACCCGGUGCAGGCCGCCAAGACAGUUCCUAUAACGUCCCACGAUCCGGUUGGCGUGCCCGAGCUGGCCAACCUAGGUCUGUGCAAGCGCAUUCUGGCCUCCAAAACGUACGGUGAAUCCUUUUUUUCGCAUAGACUAACUAAUCUAGCCACCUCCAAGAGCUCGACCGCGCUCAAGCAACCGCCUACCGACAGCUCGUCCUCGCCCUCAUCGUCGGCAGCUAGUCAUGGCAAUAAAAUUAGUAUAAGCAGUAGUCAAAACGGAAGCAAUAGCAUACCGCUCUACGGCGAAGUGAGUGCGACUAGUAAAGACACCAACACCAAUUGUGAUAGCAGCCCCGGGCAGCAUCAGCAGCAGGACCAGCAGCCGACGGCGACGGCGGGACCCACGGUGGAGCGUUCGGACCACUUCCAGUUUCUCAUCACGGAGAUAUCCGGGCCCAAAACGCCGACACGGCGCUCCGACGACAAGGACCAGCAGGCAGUCUACCAGCUGGUUGCUAAAGAACCAAUGAUCUCGCCUACGACGUUUUGUAAGAUUUUCCCAUUUCACUUGAUGUUCAACCGGAGCAUGCACAUCGUGCAAGCUGGCCGAUCGGUCUCCAGAGUUGUUCCCCGGAUCUACGAGAAAAACUGUCCCCUAUUGGCCUUAUUCGAAGCGGUACGGCCGCAUCUGCAGCUGAGUUUCGAAAACAUUCUGGCCCACAUCAACACAAUCUACGUGCUGAAGACGAAGGCGGGUGUGAUGUCCAAAAGUGAGAGGUAUCUAAGACUGAAGGGACAAAUGAUGUACAUUCCAGGGUCGGAUCUGAUUUUAUUCCAGUGCUAUCCUAGCGUGAUGAACCUAGACGAUCUAACCAAGAAAGGGCUACACAUCUCCGACAUCCCGCUGCACGAUGCGUCGCGCGAUCUGGUGCUGUUGAGCGAAAAAUUCGAAGCCGAAUACAAGCUUACCACUAACCUGGAGAUACUGACGGACCGGCUGCAGCAGACCUACCGGGACCUGGAGAGCGAGAAGCAAAAGACGGACCGGCUGCUGUACUCCGUCCUGCCAAAGACGGUGGCAAAUGAGCUGCGCCACCAGCGCCCGGUAGCGCCGAAGCGCUACGACUCGGUGACGCUGAUGUUCUCCGGCAUUGUCGGGUUCGGGCAGUACUGCGCGGCAAACACCGACGCCGAGGGUGCGAUGAAGAUCGUCAAGAUGCUGAACGAGCUGUACACCAUCUUCGACGAGCUGACCGACUCGAAGAGCAACUCGAACAUCUACAAGGUGGAGACGGUCGGCGACAAGUACAUGGCCGUCUCGGGGCUUCCAGACGAGUGCGAGAACCACGCCAAGUGCAUUGCCCGGCUCGCGCUCGACAUGCUGGACAUGGCGAAGAACGUCAAGAUGGGCACCGAAGCGUUGAAAAUUACCAUCGGCAUACACUCAGGUGAGGUGGUCACCGGGGUUAUCGGAAACCGCAUGCCACGGUACUGUCUGUUCGGCAACACGGUCAACCUAACUAGCCGUACCGAGACCACGGGAGUCCCGGGCCGGAUCAACAUCAGCGAAACUACGUACAAGCUGCUCUGCGAUCCGGUGAACCAUGACCCAUCCUUCAAUCUGGAGUAUCGUGGACCAGUUGUCAUGAAGGGCAAACCGGAGCCAAUGGAAUGUUGGUUUUUGACCCGCAAAGCAACGCCGGUAGCAAAGUAGUUUACUCGGCAAGAGUCAUCCGGUAUUGCCGAUCGGGAGCAAAGAGAAAAAUAAGAGAGCCAAUAUUGUAAAACAUCACUGAUAGUAAAACAACCUGAUAGCUUUUCCACUGCGCACUACAGUGUUUCUAGAUGUCCAGAAGACGAUAUACAACAUACCUGGCGCGGCAUCGCCCCUCCUGAUUGUAACGAUGUGACAAAGUUGUGUAAAACGAAACCAAACUAAUUUCGAUACUUUAAUGUACUAGCGUAGAUGUAUUUUUUGUACUUCUGCCAAAACGAUUGUCCUGAUAUUACUCAUCGGUGGCCGGUAGAAAGCGGUUAUUGUUCUACUAUACAUAGGCACGGGGUCAAAGCGCUCCGUUCCGAGCCGGAAACUUUCUCCAGCGCACCGUUCAGCAGCUCUCGGCACCGGCCUUCCAACUUACAACCAUCAAUACACAUAGACUCAUACACACACAAACGCAGACACAUACAUUAACAAGCGCCAUGUUGAGGAAAAUAUUUAUGUUUUGAAACAAAGCAAAAACUGGAUCUGAGCAAAUAUAAUUUUCAUCUCAUAUAUAUUCUUGGAUAUACUUUUGUAGCCUUUUUAGAUAGCUGUACAAUGGAAGAUAUUUAUAAAAGAAAUGGAUAUAGUUUGGACGUUAAAAGAGUAGCGUGUAGGUAAACUAGUAGUCUUCUGAAGAUUAGUAGAUUGACGCAAAUAAAAACCCUAGCUAAUAGAAUGGGCCAACCGUGAUAGAUGUAACUCUAAUUGAACGCAGUACGCCGGCAGUCGAGUCAGCGUAGAUACAACUAUUGAAAACUCCGGUGUCUAAAAACAGCCUACGCCUACAAGAAAACAAUAACACACACUUUCCCACACACACUUUCACACAAAGACACACACACACACACAUGGCAUCAUACAUUCACACCUACACUGGGAAAAACAUACCACAUUAACGAAUAUAAUCAAGCAGGCUAGGGGAGGGAGGAAGGAAUAUAGUGGUGGAUGAAUCAUGAUUAAUUGUGAGUGAUUCUAACGAAACAUGCAAAUGAUGUUAUACAGUGCAACAAAUAAAAUCUAAAUCUAACCUCUCUACAAUCUGAUGUGCUGUAGCACCGUGUGGUGUAGACUGUGU